AUGAAAUUGGAUGUUUCCAUUCAACCGAUUGGAAAACUUCGUUGUAUGGACGUCGCCACUUGCGGUCGAGAAUGUUUCUACUGUGAUUUUUGCAAAGAGAGCCGGUUGGUGUUAAUAGGGCGCUGCACGUCCUGCUUACAGCUCGCAAAUUUGUACAGGCAACAGAAGGUGUCUCCAACCUUUACAUUAAUCAAUUCAGUUUGUAGAUCUGUUUGGCAAAAGGACUACUGGCAAAAACAAGGAGCCGUCGACGUGUGGAUGAAGUUUUAUGAGCGUGGACACACUCGUCCUGAGCUUGAAAAGGAAUUUUUCGCUCAAAUCGAUAACCCACUGCUAGGAAAAGCUUUCAAGUUGGCUAUUGUCGCUGAAUGGUUAGCGGCUAAUAGUUUAGAUAUCCCGAACAUUUUGAAGGACAAAAAGUGUGCAGCCUUCGAACGAUUACAAGAGGAUCGAUUCCAACAGGAGGCUCAUGCCUUCAAAAAGCAAACCGGCGGGGGAAACUUUUUGAGUGGACUUAAUGGGUUUUUGAAUACAGUACGAGGA